AUGGGAACUAGACUCGCGAAAAUGCAAGAAGCAAAAAGAAUUGUCUGCGAACUGAUUGAUGUUUUCCGAGCAGGUUUUACAUCAGCUUUGUGUCUCUAUGGAAUCUGGAACUUCAUCCAAGACCCCGAUGGCCAGUACGGGCAGCACAGAUACUUCGACUACGUCUCCAACGCCAACGAGUUCUUCUGCGCUGUUUGGGCCGUUUUCACCGUUUUUUCGCGACGAAUUGAGUCGCCCAGGCUGCGAUUUUGGGACAAGUGGUUGACCACGCAGACGAUGUGUUCUAGCUACUUGAUCGCGCUGGUUUACUGGGGAAUGAUGGACAAAGUCAAUUACGGGCUGCACAGUCUUUGGCAACAUGGAGGACUUGGUCUUCUCACUUCUAUUGACUUUAUUUCCCAGCGGCCUUACAAAUUCAAAUGGAUCCUGGCUCCUUUUAUCUACUGCUUCUGCGACUGUUUCUACAUGUUCGCCAUCGCCAUGCUCUGGCCAGAAACGCGAGACGCAGUUUACAAAUUCGCCACUUUCGGCGAAUUCGGCAGUGAAUCCAUGUACGAAGUACUAAAGUUGCAGUUCAUCCUGACGUUUGUCGUCCAAACAACGCUUUUCUGUAUACUCUGGACGGUGCAAAGGACGUUUUGGUUUGUCAACGAUAAAUUCAGUAAAAAGGAAGACACUUCCUCGACGAAUUCCGAUUCGAAGCUUCUGAAUGAAUGA